UGGUGGUUGGCAACAAGAAAACGAGAGCGCCCCAUGUCGCUGCCGGUCCUAGACACGUUCGCCGAGCAUGGCUUCAGCAUCUUUCAGUCGCCGGAAGCCACCUUUGCCGACUUCUUCGCCGCCGGGAUCUUCCGCCGGGCAGGCAUCGACGUCGAGGCCGGCGCACCCCGCCUCACGCAGCGUGAAGCCUUGCUGGACGUGGCCCUGUACCAUGGCCUCUCGAGCAUCAUUGGCUCGUAUGUCCUCGCGCUCGACAAGAAGAAGGAGUUUGUCCUCAACGAGCCCGUGGCCGUCCAGACGUGGGCCGCGAAGCAUGUGACAGAGCUGGCCGCGACGGCAACGACCGCCCUCGACCAGCUCUUUGUGGGCGGCAAGCCCAACAUGGACCUUGGCGCGCACCUGCGCUCGCUGCGCGGUCUGCGCCAUGUUCUCAAGGCGCUCACGGACCGUCUCGAACUCGCGGCAGGGCCAUUGGCCGUGCCCGAAGCCGCGGCCUUGACGCAGGAAGCCCGCUCGUACCUGGACCAGCUCCUGCGGACGCUGCACGACACGACGCUGCGCCUCUCGUUUGGCCAGUGGCUCGUCGAUGAGAGCGCGCUGCACAAAGUGCACUACGACGCCGCCGGGCUCUCUCGCCGCUUCCACACGCAGGCGCCACUGGUCCUGGCCGCCAUCUGCGACGCCGCGCAGGUCGCCCCGCUCUCGCCGCCGCCAUCGACCGGCCUCGCGCUGUGGCAGACCCUGUACACACCGACCGCGACCUCGCUUGAAGUGUCGUCGGCCAUCUUGCUCUUCAUGGGCCUGGAAAUGCUGGCGUCGUGCGCCAAGCCCAAGGCCGCGCCGCAGCCGCUCGCGACGCUGCAAGCCACGACACGUCGCCUGGCCACCGCGCUCGGUCUGAACGACAUCUGGUCGCGCUCGAUCCUCGGGCUCUGGUGCCUCCAGUACAACGUGCAUGCGUCCGAGGCCGCGACGCUCUUGCAGCCGUCGCACCUUCUCGACCGCUCGAUCCUGCUCGCGCUCGUCCAUGUGCUGCUGCGGCACCAGCAGCCGUCGCUCGCGUGGCAGCUCUGGUCGACGACGCCAGCGUCCGAAGACGAUGUCGAUUUGCUCUUGGAGUUGCACUUGGCCAUGCACGACGUCGAGGGCGCGUGGCGGCUUCUCCGCGCGUUUCCGCGCCAAAACGCCGCGCGUCUGCCCCAGUUGCUGACGUGGCACGUCGCAAACGACAGUUUGCGCCACUGGGUGCUCGCAUUGCAUUGGUCGCCGACCGAACUGCCGCUCGUGCACGCGUUUCUCUUGGCCGACGACCGCCACCAUGAGCUCCUCGUGCGUCUCUACCUCGGUCGCAGCGACUAUGACCAAGCAUAUGCCCUCGCGCAUGCACUGCCGUCGGUGGCCAACCAUGCGGCGCUCCAAGCACUGCUCAAAGCGACACAGCUCAACCAGACGGCCGGCGACGUAUUGCCGACCCAUCUUCGAGCCCUGGCCGACACGAGUGAUGCAGCUGCCUACGCGCCGGGUCUCUACUCGGGGAAGCGCUCGACGGCGACGGUCAAGGUCACGGCCACGGCGCGAACGCUCAACCUCGACGAGCCCGUGACGCCGCCACCGGUAGUCGUCGUGUCGGCCGGGCCCAAGCCCCGCAAAGAACGCUACUACGCUGCGUUUGGCUGGUCGACGACGCCGCAAAAGGGCGCGUCGCUUGAGAACCGCAACGCCCUCGUGGUGGGCCCGUCGCUCGCAGCCUCGCCCGCGGGACCGGCCGCUGACCUCAUGACGUCGACGCACCAAGUGCUUCGGUACAACUUUGUCGAGCCGUCGACGACCGUGUCGGCGCCUCGGAUACUACGCACGCCCCAGAGCUCGUCCAAGGCCGGCAAAGCACGCCGCGGCGCCGACGAGCCGCUGCACGCGCCGGCGGCCCGCGACCUCUUUACGACACCUGACCGCAGCACGCAGCCGCGCGAGGCCAACAGCACGCCGUCGCUCCGGCGCAACCCCGUGCGGUCGGUGCGCAUGCACACGUAGUCGGCGAUCAGGACUCGAUGAUUGAACGACGUUGUUUUCUAUAUUUGCA